AUGUCCAAGGUGAUUGUUGAUCAAGCCGCGGAACGCGAGCGUCUGACCAAGCUGAAGGAGGAGGUGGUCGAAGCCCAGACAUCCCACGCCAAGCACGUCUCCAAGUUGAGGGCCCAACUGGGUGCCAGGGAGAAGACUCUCAUCGCUGCCAAAAGGAAGGCGGCUCCGGAGCGCGAUGCCUUCCUCUCCCUUGAGCUCAGGGCUCGCCAGGGGCUGCUUGUCGAGGAGCUCGAAGGUGCUGCCGCCAAGGUGGACUCCAUCCUGGAAAAUGAGUGUCGCUCCCUCUUCUCCGCGGCGGCGAUGCGCGUCUUCAGCCACCUCUACCUUCAGGAUCCCAGAUUCAACUUCGAUGCGGUGGUCGGCCCGGUUGCUCCCGAGUCCCACCAGAAAUGCCAGGACGCGCAAAGAAAGGCGGUCGCGAUGAUGACCAUGGAUCUGAUUGGAGGAUACGGGAGGGCGGACGAGCAGGUGGCCAUCCAGGAGGCGGCGGCGGCGGGGCUGUGCGGGAUGGAGCACCUCAUCCUGCAGCUCUCCCGGACAGGCACCAGCGAGAGCUCGCCGGUUGGGUCGUCGGAGGCGCCGGAGCAGCAGGUAGACUGCCGGGAGAUCACUGAUAUGACCGUGUCCAAGUUCAAGAAGGUGAUUUCUAUCCUCAACCACCGCACUGGCCACGCCAGGUUCCGGCGCGGGCCUGUGGUGGCGCAGUCCCAGGGCCCCGCCGUGUCCGAGCCGGCGCCGGUGAGGCCGCUGGCGUCCUCCGCGGCAUCCACCGGCGCCGGUGCCGGGCAGAAGCGCAAGUGCCACGACCACGCGCACUCAGAGAACGUCGCCGGCGGAAAGUACGGCGCCUCCGGUGGCCGCUGCCACUGCUCCAAGCGCAGGAAAUCCCGGGUUCGGCGGAUGACUCGCGUGCCGGCGAUCAGCUCGAAGGCGGCGGAGAUCCCCGCGGACGACUUCUCGUGGCGCAAGUAUGGCCAGAAGCCUAUCAAGGGCUCCCCCUACCCACGAGGUUACUACAAGUGCAGCACGGUGCGCGGGUGCCCGGCGCGGAAGCACGUGGAGCGUGACCCCAGCGACCCCUCCAUGCUCAUCGUGACCUACGAGGGCGAGCACCGGCACACCCCCGCGGACCAGGAGCCGCUCGCCCCGCUACCGGAGCUCUGA